AUGUCAUCGAGUGGUUCAGGCGACAAAGCUAGCGUAGAAGAUGAAAUCAAAAAAUUAAUUAAAGAGAAUAAAGUUAUGGUCUUUUCUAAAAUUCAUUGUCCAUACUGUGUCAAAGCAAAAAAAAUUCUUGGCAAAUACAAACUAAAAGAUUAUAAAGUGAUUGAACUUGACAAAAUAAAAGAUGACGAUGAAUACAUGGAUGUACUUGGAAGAAUGACAGGUGAAGAUACUGUUCCACGUGUAUUUAUUGGUGGAGAAUGUAUUGGUGGUGGUGAUGAUACAGAAAGAUUAGAGAGGAAAGGUGAACUUGAAAAAAAAUUAAGAAAAGCGAAUGCAUUGGAAGAUUAA